GGAACAGAGUGUUUACUACUGUCGGUCCCCUUUGUGUGCAGAACAUGGUACAGAGCAAGCCUCACUCCUUGUUUCUGGAAACGCCUCGUUUUCCCGACGGAGACUCAAAAAGAAAAUAUGCUCGAGAGUUUGGGAUUGAGUGGAGUCGUUUCUGUGUUUCUAAGUUGAUCAAGUUUGCUGUUAAUCGUAGCCGAGGGGAGACCCAGUUUCUAAAGGUACCCGGAAUUUGUAGCCAUUAUAUGAAUGUGAUGAGAGAUGUGCUAGAACACAUUGGGAGGAACUGUAGAGGUUUUGAGGGGUUGCAUAUGUCUCAUGCAUUGGUUGAUGUGGAUUUGGCUAACGACAUUGUGAAAUAUGUGCCCAAGAUUAAGUACUUGUGCUUGAGGAAGGCCAAGAUUGACAAGAGUGAGCUUAUUGUGUUGAUCAAGGGGUGCAGGGAGCUUGAGGUUUUGGAUGUUAGGGGCUGUGUGGGUUUUACUGAGCGUGAUAGGGAGUUGGCAAAUCUUGGCGCUCACAUUGGAGAGUUUAUGAUGGAGGGUUCGAGCCUGUUCACGCCGCAGGAAUGGGAGAUUGCUGGGGUUAUUCAGGUUGAUGAGGACUAG